AUGUUCGCGCAGCUCAAGCGUGAGAGUCUGCGCAAGUUGCAGGCAAUGGAGGACAAGAGCCUCAAAGGCUGCAUCGAUGAGCCCAUUGCGGACAUGAUUCAUACGAUCAAUGCUCAUCCUGAUUACGUGACGAGUAGCUCCUGUUCUGGUCGCAUUGCACUGUUCUGUGGAGAAGCUGCAGCAGGAAAGGGGGAUGCAUCGGGCUCAGAUCUGAUCACGAAAGGCGGCAAGUGGCUGAUCGCUGCGCACGCCACCAUCACAUUUGAUCAGUUAGUCACGGCCCUGCGCUCGUCUGAUGCCCAAUCCAGUCACAGCAACAUGAUUAUAUUCAAGCACGAGCCAUUCAUCAUGCACGUUGUCUGUCGUGAUGUAGAGCCUGCAAAAAAGUUGUUGCAGUGGGGCAUCGCGAGCGGUUUUCGGGAAUCGGGUGUUGUCCUUGGCAACCGAAAGAUCGUGUGCGCAAUUCGAACAACUGCAAACGGGUUUGAGAUUCCGCUCGGACGGAGCGCAGAGCACUUGCUGGUCAACGACGAGUACCUCCGAUGGAUUGUGAACAUCGCAAACCAAAAGUUUGAGGCUAACAAGCAGAAGACAGAUCGACUCUUUGAAGCUUUCCGUGGUGGAUUCUGCCAUCCACUCGUAGUGUCGCAAGCUGAAAGUGGGUGUUUGGUUGAGUUGAGAUCCUGGACAGAGGUAGCGAGAAAGAAAAGCGUUCAGCUUGUGGGGCAUACGAGCGUGCGGUACCGGGAUUCGAUUGUGGUAUUUGGCGGUCAGGGGCCUACCGCUGCAGGAUUAACAACACGCGUUGCAACUGUGACUUUCCUAGCCCCUUCCAAGGAAGGAUCUCUUCUGCAGACAUACCAUGCGACGGCCGGGGCAAAUGGCCCGUCGCCUCGUAUGUACCACUCAUGCAGUGUUGUGGGAACGCGCAUGAUCGUGUUUGGUGGCCGCGCUAGCCCUGUUAAACCCUUAGGCGAUUUGUGUGGCAUGGAUUUGGAGACAAAACAGUGGAAGACGAUUGCCACCCAAGGAAUUGGUCCCUCGCCGCGCUGGAAGCAUUGCAGCUGCGCUGUUGGCUCAGUUGUGUAUGUGUACGGUGGUCGUGAUGCCCAGCACGUGUUUAGCGACAUGUUUGCUCUCGAUCUCAAUCAAAACCUGCCUCAGUGGCGUCAAAUUGAGACUUUUCCAAAAACUUUGCAUCGAUUUGAUCACAUUGGUGUGGUUGUCGAGUCAACGAAGCUUGUGUUUUGGGGAGGUAUGUCAUCGUUAGAGAGCGGCGAUUGUAGCGAUAUUGGCAGUGCGUCCUUGCUUUUCGACACUGUGACGGAGACCUUGGAACAAAAAACCCUCGAAAACACCCGAAACAAAAGCCAGCCUCUUGCACUUUUUGCUGCCAGUGCUUGCUCAAUCAACGAGUAUCAGGUGCUUGUGGUGGGUGGUGUGACGUCUGCGUUGCUUGCGAAUGGAGACAAGGCGACUCAACAAGUCUACAUGCUAGACGUCAAGAAUUUCAAAUGGACCGAGCUUGGUGAGAUUAAGCAUGAAAAUGCAGCUUUUGUUGGGCAUAGCACGACCUGGAUGCCGACGAACAAGUCCGUGUACAUUUUGGGUGGUGGUUUCCAAUGCUUUGGAUUCGGGCAGUUUUAUUCGUCGACAUACCAGUGCCACCUGUCGUUGACUAUCCCAAAGUUAGCCCGCACUAAUGCUUCCGAGAGUAACUCAGUCGAAGUACUGGCUAGUACGUCGGCCUCAUCAAACGGAAUUCUGCUGGGUGUUCUUGUCAACAAACUGGAAGUGAAGAAAGUGAAAACUGUGCUAGAAAAGCUGGACGUAUACGACAAAUCACGACGUGUCCAUGUAGCAAAUGAUGCAGAGUCGGUCGCCUUUGACGCAAAGCAAAUGACAAAGUUUCUAAUCCCUGUGACAGCCACCAUUCGCGAUCGCGUUGCCUCGACAGACAAUGCUGAAUUGCAAAGGCUCGAAAUUGUGCCUGACCGUGAUGCGUACAUGAACAAGUUUGGUAAAACGAGUGGGUUCAAUCGCAACGAAGUGAUUCGUAGUACAAUUUGUGCAUAUGCUAGUAAGCAUCAACUACCCGCUGAGCUUGUGAAAGCCGUUCCGGAGAAGUAUGAGUUUGUGAGCGAUGUGUUGAUGGUCCCUCGAGAUUCGUUUCUCGAGCCGCAAUGGGCGCCGUUUGCCGAUGAGAUGUGGGCACAGGUGUGUGCGUCUGCUAAACCCGCUUUCUCUCGCGUUGCACGAAGAGCCUUUAUCGACAAAAGUGAGAAGCGGCAGAGUCGUGUGGAGCUGUUGUACCUGAACAACGAUGUACUUAUGUCGCAGCGUUCGAAGGAGGCUCCUGGCUGGGUAGAGAUUCGUGAGAAUGGUAUUGUCUACGGCUGGGACCUCACACGGGUCAUGUUCUCGUCUGGCAAUGUCACUGAAAAGGCUCGCAUGGCAAACACCGAAUGUCGCGGCGAGACCAUCGUCGAUCUCUUCUGUGGUAUUGGUUAUUACGUCCUCCCGUUUCUUGUGCUUGGUGGGGCUGCAUUCGUCCACGCUUGCGAGUGGAACCCGGACUCGGUCGCAGCUCUGCACUUUAACCUGGCGCGCAACCACGUCGCAGACAAGUGUAAAGUCUACCUUGGUGACAAUCGCGAGACCGCUCCGACGAUAGGUGCGGUGGCUGACCGCGUGAAUCUGGGUCUACUACCUACCAGCGAGAAGGCGUGGCCGCUCGCCAUGCAAGUGCUGAAACCCAGUGGUGGCUGGUUUCAUGUGCACGAUAACGUCGCUGUUGAGGAUCGUGACGCAUGGGAACAGCGCGUGGUGAACUCUAUGCGCCAGCUCGCGCAGCAGUACGGGAAAGACUUGACCAUCUCGUGCAAGCACGUGGAGAAGGUAAAGUCAUACGCUCCGAAAGUGUACCACCUCGUGGCUGACAUCCACUGCGUGCCCAGCAAUUCAUUAGCUUAG